AUGGCGUCUAGAUCGGAGGGAAGAUUUGGGUUUAGAGAUCUGUAUCAAUGUUUGAUUCCAGUGAUCGUGGCGUCUCUAAGCUUUCUGGUUUAUUCCGCUUUCUUCGUCGGCUACAGACUUCACAUGCGAUCAUCUUUUGAUAAAGACAAUAAUGGGAAUAUCUUCAUCGGUAAGGAUCUUAAUUGGAGAGAACGAGAAGCUUUGCAAUCUGUUCGAUCUCUUUUCUCAAAAGAGGUUCUUAGUGCUAUCAAUGCCUCCACAACAACAUCGAAGUUGGAUCCUUUGAGCAUUGUUUCAAUCAGGAAGAAACAGAAUCUCUCUAUGUCAUGGAUACUAGGAGGAAAAGUUGAGGAUUAUGCUUCUUCUUAUAAGGGAAAAAAAGGUCAAAUGGUUCCUAAGUUUGGUCAUGGAACUUGGAUAGGAAAAGGAGUCCAAGUGUUUUAUGAUAAUACACCAGUGAAGUUGAACGAAAGGACCUUGAGGCAUGAGAGAAGAGUGAAACGGGCUAAUGAGUUGAUGAAUGAUGGUACUAUUCAAAAGUUUGAGAAGGCAGCCCUUAUACGUUCGAGAUCAGUCGAUGCUGCACCACUAGGAAACUACAGCAUUUGGAGAAAUGAAUAUCGAAAGGGUAAGACUUUUGAAGAUAUAGUACUUCUGAUGCAAGAUCAAAUCAUCAUGGCACGAGUUUACACUACGAUUGCGAAGAUUACAAGCAAUCUCGCUUUGCACGAAGAACUAGAAACACAACUAGCAAAACUAGAGUUAAUGGAGGACAAAUCGAUCGAUAUUGAAAAACCACAGAGAGUUCUUGAUACUAUCAGAGAUAUGGGCCAAAUUCUGGCUAGAGCGAACGAGGAGCUAUAUGAAUGCAAGUUGGUUACAAAUAAGCUGAGAGCAAUGCUACAAACAGCUGAAGAAGAACUCGAGUACACGCAAACUUAUAUAACAUUCUUGACUCAGCUAGCUUCAAAAUCACUACCAGAUGCUAUCCAUUGCUUGACCAUGCGCUUGACUCUAGAGUAUUACCUCCUUCCUGCACCAAUGAGAAAAUUCCCGAGAAUCGAGAACUUGGAGAACCCAAAUCUUUACCACUUCGCUCUCUUCUCUGAUAAUGUAUUGGCUGCAUCAGUUGCUGUCAAUUCCACAGUCAUGAAUGCACAGGAUUCUUCACGGCAUGUUUUCCACAUUGUCACUGAUAAAUUCAACAUUGGAGCAAUGAGCAUGUGGUUUCUCUUAAACCCUCCUGGAGACGCGACCAUCCAAGUCCAGAAGUUCGAAGAUUUCGCUUGGCUCAACUCAUCUUUCUCUCCAGUUUUGAGACAGCUUGAGUCAGAAGCUAUGAAGAAAUUCUACUUUAAGACAGAGAGAUCUGAAUCAGCUGAAUCAGGAUCAGAAAGCCUCAAGUACCGGUACCCGAAAUACAUGUCAAUGCUGAACCACUUGAGGUUCUACAUCCCGAAGAUGUUCCCAAAGCUGGAUAAAAUCCUGUUUCUUGAUGAUGAUGUGGUUGUUCAGAAAGAGUUAGCUCCUUUAUGGUCAGUAGAUCUUAAAGGGAAAGUGAAUGGUGCAGUAGAAACCUGCGGUGUCACUUUCCAUCGCUUUAACACUUACUUAAACUUCAGCGAUCGACACAUUUCCGAUAAUUUUGAUCCGAAAGCAUGCGGAUGGGCUUUUGGAAUGAACAUUUUCGACCUGAAAGAGUGGAAGAAGAACAACAUUACAGAAACUUAUCACUUUUGGCAAAACCUGAACGAAAACCGGACUCUAUGGAAACUUGGAACAUUGCCACCUGGUCUCAUGACAUUCUACAAGCUGACUCUACCGCUUGAGAGCAAAUGGCACUUACUUGGAUUGGGUUAUGAUGAAGGAGUCAGUGUAACGAAAAUUGAAAAAUCAGCAGUUAUACAUUACAAUGGGCACAAGAAACCAUGGACAGAGCUUGGGAUAAGCAAGUAUCAGCAAUAUUGGACAAAGUACAUCAAUUUCGAUCAUCCUUACAUAUUUAGUUGCAGGCUCUUCGAGUGA